AUGUUAAGUCCUCGAAAGCUGCACCACCCCACAUCGUCUCGGCUUCUAUUCAGAUGGCUCAAUCCGAGACAACCUGCAGUUGAUUCAACAUCCUCAAGGAAAAUCAUGUCGAAGAAAGUGGCUUCUCAUCACGAGGAAAGGGGAAGGGCAGCAGAGAUCCAGUUCGAGUGCGAAAGGGAUACCGCUGUUGGCGUUCGCCCAGUCACCGUCAGAUUUCUCAGCAGAUUCAGUGGACACAUGGACACGAGUGGGAGUCCCUCCUUUCCAGCCGUCACGAUCUGUCGCCGCAGCCCUCUCUUGCUGAACCUCACUGGUGAUUCAGAGGCAUUCCUCGAAUUCAUAAAACUCAAUCGGGAACUGAAAAUACUGCUGGAGAAGCUAUCAAGGGAAGAGGGCGUAAGCAAACUAUCGACGGGAAAUCUGUCAUCUUCCCUCGAUGAUACCGAAUGCGGCAAAGAUGCGAACGGGAUGAAAAUGACCUGCAUCAAGCCCUUCGCUGAAAUGCCCUUUAACUUGACUGAUAUGUUGGAUGAAGGACCCAUUUCGUCCCCCGAGAACCUCCUGAACUACUUCUACAGCUUGGAUGGCUCCCUACCGAAGCUGAUCCGGGACGCUUUUGUCGACAUCAAGCAGUCAGUGCGAUAUUGCAGCUUCAAUGAGGAACUUUGCGAAGACAAAGAGGAGAAAUUCCGGUGGUCGUUGUCAUCGGUGCAGAUGGGUCGUGAGAAUGCCUUGCUUAUGGACCUCAUCACUUGGAUGAGGAGAGAGAAGAAUAAAUCAAAUGAAACGGAGCUGAGAAACAAGGCCUACUGUCAUCAUCUCGAAGAGAAUAUCACGGUGGUGAACGUCUAUUAUGAGAAUGUAGCUGUGGAGAAAAUUGUGGAAAACCAAUUGUACCCCUGGACGAGCUUCAUUGGGAUGUUGGGAGGGAUGCUGGGUCUCUACACCGGGCUCUCUUUCGUCUCCAUCCUGGAAAUGCUGGAAUGGAUUCUGGACCUCAUCUUGUAUGGUUGGAGGAAACCUCGAAAGGAAAACAUGGGACCGAGGCGACGGGGAAAGACAACGAAGAAGGAGAGGGAAAGUCGAGAAAGAAGGUUGUACGUUCUGGCUUUGCUUGGGGAGAUGAUCACUUCACAAAUUCAACGCUGA